AUGUGUAAUCCCUUUCUGUUCCCGCUGUCAGGCUGUAGAGUCACAGAAGAAGGCUGUUCUUCCCUGGCUUCAGCUCUGAGAUCAAACCCCUCACACCUGAGAGAGCUGGACCUGAGCUACAAUCACCCAGGAGACUCAGGAGUGAAGCUGCUCUCUGCUGUACUGGAGGAUCCCAGCUGUAAACUGGAGAAGCUGAAUGUGGAUCACAGUGGAGAGUGCAGGACCAGACCAGGCUUACAGAAAUACUCCUGCCAGCUGACGCUGGACCCCAACACGGCAAACAGACGCCUGUCUCUGUCAGGGGGGAACAGGACGGUGACACAAGAGUGGGGGGCAGAGCAGCCAUAUCCUGAUCAUCCAGAGAGAUUUGACAGCCGCCCCCAAGUUCUGUGCAGAGAGAGUCUGACUGGCCGCUGUUACUGGGAGGCUGAGUGGGAUGGAGAUGCAGCCUGGAUAGGAGUGACUUACAAAGGGAUCAGGAGGAAAGGAGGGAGUGACUGUGGGCUUGGAGCCAAUGACAAGUCAUGGUGUCUGUACUGUUAUACUGACAGUUACUCUGUCCGGCACAAUAAGAAACAGACUCUCAUACCCAUACGGCCCUCAGGCUCCCGCAGAGUAGGAGUGUAUCUGGACUGGGGGGCUGGUGCUCUGUCCUUCUACAGAGUCUCCUCUGAUGGACUGACCCCCCUGCACAGACUCACCUCCUCAUUCACUGAGUCCCUCUAUCCAGGGUCUGGGGUUUAUAGAAACUCCUCUGUGUCACUGUGACGUGUUGCUGGUUCUCCUGGCAAAAAGGUAAAAUCUCUGCUUUUUAACCUUUAUAAUCAUUUUUAUAUGUAAAGUAUAAUGUACAGUACUGUGCAAAAGUCUUAGGCAGGCAAAGAAAAUGAUGUUUAGAUUAUCCUCGUGUUGGUGUAAAACUAUAAUAUGAUGCCUGUCAAAGUAUGUCAGCUUCGCCAUUUCAGAACCUCUGCUAAAAUCAUCCUAGUAUUUGCAGUGACCGUCCAGUGCAGCCAUGUAUUUUUUGACUUGGCCACUAACACACCUCAUACAGCUAGUCAAUCUCUCACUGACCUUUUAAACCAAUAUAUGAUGACACCAAGGUGGGUGGUGUAGCAGAUACUGAAUUAGCGGCUCAGCAGCUACAGCGGGAUCUUGAUUUAAUUAGUGACUGGGCCCAUACCUGGCAGAUGAAAUUUAACGUUGAUAAAUGUAAGGUACUCCAUCUAGGGAGCAGAAAUAUAAAGUACAGGUAUUUCAUGGGUGUCACUGAAAUAAAGGUAGCCGAUCAUGAGAAAGACCUUGGUGUGUAUGUUGAUGCUUCCAUGUCCCAUUCUCGCCAGUGUGGGGAAGCAAUAAAAAAGGCCAAUAGGAUGUUGGGGUAUAUCUCCAGGUGUGUGGAGUUUAAGUCAAGGGAGGUAAUGCUAAGAUUAUACAAUUCCUUGGUGAGACCUCACCUAGAAUAUUGUGUGCAGGUUUGGUCACCAUAUCUUAAAAAGGACAUUGUGGUCUUAGAAAAGGUGCAGCGUAGGACCACAAAAAUGAUUCCUGGUCUUUGAGGAAUGUCAUACGAGGAACGUUUACUUGAGCUAAAUCUGUUCAGUCUCAAGCAAAGGAGACUGAGGGGGGACAUGAUCCAGGUAUAUAAGAUUCUAACAGGUUUGGAUGCUGUUCAACCAAAUAGUUACUUCAGCAUUAGUUUAAAUACACGAACUCGUGGCCAUAGGUGGAAAUUAGCGGGAGAACAUUUCAAGCUGGAUUUAAGGAAGCACUUCUUUACACAGCGCGUAGUCAGAGUAUGGAAUAGUCUUCCUGAUAACGUAGUGCAAGCUGAAUCCUUGGGUUCCUUUAAAUCAGAGCUAGAUAAGAUUUUAACUACUCUGAGCUAUUAGUUUAGUUCUCCCCAAGCGAGCUUGAUGGGCCGAAUGGCCUCCUCUCAUUCAUAUAGUUCUUAUGUUCUUAUAUUUCAUUAUUUCAUUCAGUUGUUGGUGAAAUUUAACAAAAUCAUGGAACGGCUGAGGUUCCCCUGAGGAGAAGUUUGGGAACUGAAGCGGUGUUCAUCUAGCCAUCCAACUAGAUAUCAGUAACUUUUUAGAAAACAGAAGAAAUUACUACUAGUUUUUAUUGUGUUACUCUUAAUUUGCACACGUUCUAAUAUUAAAUUGUGUUUUUUGUUCUAAGCCAAAGUACACUUGCUACCCAGAUAAACAGCUUUAAACAUUUCUUUGGACUGACUAAGACUUUUACACAGGACUGUAUGUUUGACAAAAGAUAAAUGCCUGUGUUCAGUGAGCUGAAUAACAUGAAAAAUAUAGUUUUAUACGUUUUUUUCUCUGACUAAAAUGUAACUAAAUGUAAUCCUGAUUGAGGGGGGGCUUUCCCUCUCCCCUGUAUAUGUACAUUUUAUAUAUUUAUGUCCAUUUACUGUAUUCCCUCCCUGUACAAUGACAGUAAAGGCUUUCUGUUCUGUCCUA